AUGAUUCCGAUCAGAACGCGGGGAGGAGAAGCUCAACGAAGCAGCAGGCAGGCGGUGAGAGAGGCGCCGUCAUCACGUGUCGUAGCAAGACCCGUUCCAGAACGCCAAGUGAAGGACACAAGAACGUACCAGCUCGACCAGCUGAGGCGUCGGUUUUCCCCUAAGGAAACAACUCUUGAUAAUGGAGAUCUCUCUCUCCAAUUCAGCCUGACUCCUUCGGACCCUGACUUCCCUUACGACCUCGACCAUUUGGAGUGUGACCUUCAUGUUCCCGAGGCGUAUCCCAAGCAGCCACCAACACUACAUGUCAGAAACAAGGAAAUUCCACGAGGCUUCGCUAUCAAUAUCGAGAAAGGGUGGGACAAGCUAGUUGAGGAGAAACGGGGCGCAACUCUUCUUGCCCUGACUAAUGCCCUCGACCGUCGUCUGGAGUCUUUGCUCUCGGAGCAGAAGGCCGAGACGAUUAAGUUGACCAUCUUCAAGGAUGCUCGGCCUCAAGAUUCUGAGUCAACCCCAAAGAGGGAGAAGCAACCACAAGAACCGGCCGUUAACCCUCCUCCACUACCAGCCCGGCCACGAUAUGUCCCUGAGGAGCCGUUCUCUAAGGAUCAGAUUGCAGAAGCUAAGGCCCGCCGUGCUCAGGAGGUUAGGCAACUUGAAGCGCGAAUGAGUCGGUUCCCGGCCUACCAGAAGUCAUCGGAUGGCAUCAUAUACACUCUCCCUCUGGAGCCAAGACGCAGGGACGACCUGCCGGUUGGGCUUCGGUCAGUUCAAUCUGUCCAGCUCAUCAUUCCCUUGCUCUACCCGCUACAAUCGUUGAGGAUACUCCUGAACAAUGUUAGCUCUGAGAUUGCCGAGCCGCUGGAGGAACUUUUUUGCCAAAAGGCCGCUGAGAAGAAACAGAUGACGUUAAUGGCCCAUCUGAACUUUCUUGCACAGAAUAUGCACGUUUUGGCGAAGCAGGCCCAGAAUCUUCCUGCCCCGAAACUCGAAGCGCCAAUUGAGCAGCCUGCCGAAGCAGACCGCGAAGCAAAGGGGGCAGAGCACUCGUCUACUUUUCAGAUAGGGAAGGGUCACGUCCAUGUCAUACCUCGUCCGCCGGAGUGGCUGCUAGAGGAUAGAAGUGACGGCUCUGACUUCUCCGACGAGGGUUCUUCGGAUGAUGAGGGCGACAGUGAAGACAGCGGUGUUCCGGUCGUUGGCCAGCAGGAAGGUGCUGUAUUGAAUAUGUCGACACAAACAGCAGAACUUGGUACAGCGAUGUCAUUCCCGUCGGUUGAGCUCUACAAUAUUGAACUUUUGCAGGUUGCCAUACUCAAUCUGGCUAUCAAGUGUGAUCGCUGCAAGACUGUGAACGAGAUUACCGGUUUGAAGGGCGGUCUAGAGAAACAGAGCAGCUGCAAAAAGUGUGGAACUCCUUUCACUGUCCGCUUUCGUCCAGAGCUUAUCCAUCAAAACUCAACCCGUGCCGGAUUUAUCGAUGCCACAGCUUGUACUGUGGCCGAUCUCCUUCCAAGCACCUUUAUCCCUACAUGCGGUAGCUGUUCAACCGCAUCUCCAGGGCUAGUCGCUGUUCGCGGUGAUGCCACUACCAACGUUUGCCGCGAGUGCCAUGCUCGUUUCACCUUUAAGCUACCGGACGUCAAGUUCCUGGCCUAUGCCCCUGGCCUUCGAGGAAACCUUCCUCCUACUACAGGCCCCCGUCGCAGACAAGAGAAGCUCGGCCUGCACGCAGGCGAGCCUCUUCCCAACAAAGGAACUUGCUCACACUAUCGGCGCAGUUAUCGUUGGUUCCGGUUCUCCUGCUGUGGAAAAGUUUAUCCCUGCGAUCGGUGCCAUGACGCCGGUGAGGAUCAUAUCAAUGAAUGGGCGAAUCGCAUGGUGUGUGGGUAUUGCUCGAGGGAGCAGAAUUAUCGUCCAGAGAGCUGUCAAUUCUGUGGCAGAAGCGUCAUUGGACGCAGAGGAAAGGGGUACUGGGAAGGUGGGAAAGGUACUAGAGAUCAGAGGCUGAUGAGAAGGAAUGACCCAAGGAAGUAUAAGAGGAUAGGACCGGCAAAGAAGGAUAAGGAUAAGGAUGAUUGA